UAAGUAUAUUUCACCAUCACCAGUUGCUAAAGGUACCGCCCAUCCAACAGAAGAGCAGAACUCAUAAGAGUGACGGAUGAUUGAGUACUCAAUCAUAAAAAUCGAUCAAAGUUAGCAGCCGAUGGAGAGGCUGAAUCUGAAACACAAGCUCGGCGAUAAAUGGAUUUCAACCCUAGCCAGCAUAUGGAUCCAGUGCACCAGCGGUUCACUCUACACCUUCUCCAUCUAUUCCCCAAUUCUCAAAUCCACCCAACGCUAUGAUCAGUCAACCCUCGACACGGUUUCCGUCUUCAAAGACAUCGGUGCCAACUGCGGCGUCCUUUCCGGUUUCCUCUACACUUUCGCCACUCCAUCUAACCGCCGCAACGCUUAUUUUGGUGGACCCUGCUUGGUCCUCGCGGCUGGUGCUAUCCAAUGCUUUAUGGGCUACUUCCUCAUCUGGGCUUCCGUGGUUGGAUUGAUCCCUCGCCCUCCGGUUGUAGGGAUGUGCUUCUUCGUGCUUUUGGCAGCGCAUGCUCAGACUUUCUUUAAUACUGCUAACGUGGUCACUGCUGUGCGGAACUUCCCUGAUUAUAGUGGCACUGCUGUUGGUAUUAUGAAGGGGUUUGUGGGUCUGAGUGGAGCAAUAUUGAUUCAAUUUUAUGAGACUAUAUUCCACAACAAACCCACUUCGUAUUUGCUGAUCCUGGCACUGUUGCCUACCAUCAAUUCUUUGCUGCUUAUGUGGUUUGUGAGAAUUUAUGACACAAAAGAGCAAGAGGAGAAGAAGCUUCUCAAUGCCAUUUCAUGUGUUGCUCUGCUACUUGCAGCUUAUCUUAUGGCUGUAAUAAUAGUGGACCACCUCUUUACUUUCCAAUUGCUUGUACGGAUCGCUACUUUUGUGGUUCUUCUACUGUUACUUUCAUCGCCACUGUGCAUUGUGCCGAGCCUGAGAGCAAGGGAAAAAGAUUCUUCCGUGAUUCAUCAGAGUUUGAUUUCUGAGGGGCAAAGGUCUGAUCAAGAAAUGGAGGUUCAUGAUACGAGGGACUCACUGGAGGAAGACAACCUUAAUCUUUUACAAGCCAUGGCCAGUGUGUACUUCUGGAUUUUGUUCUUUGGCAUGGCAUGUGGCAUGGGGUCGGGGCUUGCCACGGUGAAUAACCUUGGCCAAAUAGGAGAAUCUCUUGGUUACUCCAACUUUGAGACCAACACUUUGGUUUCCUUGUGGAGCAUCUGGAAUUUUCUAGGCCGGUUCGGGGCUGGAUAUGUAUCGGAUCAUUUCCUGUAUGUUAAAGGAUGGGCAAGGCCAUUGUUCAUGGUGCUAACCCUGUCAAGCAUGAGUGUUGGUCAUGCUGUGAUCGCAUCUGGUAUGCCUGGUGCCCUAUAUGCUGGUUCGAUACUGGUGGGUGUUUGUUAUGGGUCGCAGUGGUCUCUGAUGCCCACGAUUGCUUCAGAAAUAUUCGGGGUGAAACAUAUGGGAACCAUAUUCAAUGCCAUCACGAUAGCCAGUCCAGUUGGAUCGUAUAUUUUCUCGGUGAGAGUGGUUGGGUUUAUUUAUGAUAAGGAGGCGUGGGGAUCAGGUUGCAGUGGAACUCAUUGCUUUAUGUUAUCGUUCCUUAUUAUGGCAUCUGCCACCUUAUUGGGUUCUCUUGCCGCUUUAGCCUUGUUUUUCCAUACCAAAAACUUUUAUAAUCAGGUUAUACUCAGAAGGCUGCUACAUUCCUUGAGGGAGUAAUUCACCUUAACAUAAGAACCCUCUGGUUGAAUGUUUUUGGAUUGCUCUUCAAUUAAUUUAAUGCCCCUACAUAACAUGAGUGCAGUGAAGAAGGGACAUUGAAACCACUGUUUAAUCCAUUGCCCCAACUUGUAAGUUUUUAGAAAAAAAUUCAUGCUAAUCCUUUUCAAAGUUUGCCAUAUCUAGUUAUAAAGGAUUGAUGGUGGAAAUUUGAAUUUUGAGGCCUAGCCUUUGCUUAAAUUUUAUGCUUCACCCUAAA